UACCACGUUGUCACGGACUUAGAGUGAUGGCUAAAGAUCCGUGCGGCCCUUGACGGUUUACUCACUAAUCUUUCAAGCUUCUUGUAAACUCAAGGAAGCCUUUAGGACUUGGUUUGCUAAGAGAAUGUUUAAGGAAAGUUUUGGAAAGAGCAAAGAGAGAGCUUUUUGAAGAAGGCUUUGUAUUAGGCUUUGGAAGAUUGCUACAACUUGCUUGGUGCCUUUGCAAAUGGUGGCACCUCUAUUUAUACUACUCUCUAAGGACUAAAGUGUAAUUAAUAUUUACAUGGGAAGUCCCUAAGUUAUCUACACUUUGGCCCCUAUCUAGAGAAUUCUACACUUCUCUAAGGGUUUCUUGAAAUCUCUAAGGUUUUCUAGCCUAUUCUAGAAACCUCUACGCCUUCUCCGCUGCAAAAUUUGCCUAUGGCAGUGGCAGGACGUCACAAUACGCUACGAAAUUGUGUAUUGUUAAAUUCACAUUUAAGUGAUAGUUAAAUUUUUAGCCCUAUAAAAGAAGGCUUUAUGGAGAAUAGAAACUAGACAUCAAAGAUCCCUAAAAGCUUUAGUUAUUCUCUAAUUCUAAUAUUAUUGAGCUUCAAAGAGUAUGAGCUCAUUUUUCAGCCCAAGAUAUCAGUUAAUCCUAGAGACCUAGAUUGAUGUUAUUAUAUGUCAAAUAAUGUAGCAUGUUAUCUAAAUGAAAGUGCCACUACAAAUUAAAAUCAUGUCACAUGUUAGAUGACAUGACAUGCCUAGUCAUCAAAUUAAAGACCAAUAAAAAUAUGAAGAUCAAGUAUAACUUAUUACACCAUUUUCCAAAAUCAUAAUGAACACCUUAAUCAAAAGUACUUAAAAUCACGUUACAUGAAUUUGGUAAAUGGACGUACUUAUAUUUUCAUAUUGUUAGUAGUAUACUAUGGACGUACAUGUAAUAAUUAUUAGUGCCACCUAUUAUUAUUUUAUGCUUCAUUGAACCGUUUAACUUGGAAAAAUAAUAAAAUCACAGCUAUAAACAUUAUUAUUAAAAAAAAAAAAAAACCAUUUGUUUCCAUGCCACGUCUUCUCUAGUCAAAUAUAUAUUUUUUCUGGUCCAAGAAUUAGUCAAUGUUUUAAGACAACCCUAAAGCUUAGAACCCUAAAAGAAAAUAAAUAUUAAAUAAAUGAAAAAACAAAUUCCUGGACGAGCUUGAUAAAUGGGCAAAACUCCUAGAGCCUCCAAAAUGAAUUAACAUAUAUACAUAUAGAGAUAAAAGAAUUUCAACAACAAAUUUUUUUAAAAAACAUAUUGAGAAGAAAAAAAACUAAGCAAAGGGAAAAAAAACAUAAAGAAACUUGGGACCUAUUUGAGGUCCCUAUACAUAUUGAAAGAAACAAUUUAAGAAUUGAUCUUAAAUUGAAUAUUUUCAAUAAUUAUUAUUGUGUUUGUGAUUUUGUGGAUAAAUUUGUUGAAAAAGAUCAUAUAUUAUAAUGAGCCAAAGGAGUUUUACUGGAGAUCAAAACAAGGCAACAGUAGUUGCAAUAGAUAAAGAUAAAGGAAGCCAAUAUGCAUUAAAAUGGGCUGUUGAUACUUUAAUUGGAAAAGGCAAAAAUGUUACUCUUCUUCAUGUUAAAGUUAGACCUUCUGUUUCCCUUCCUAAUGCAGAUGUGAGUGAUGGAACUCCCAGAGUAUAUAGAAGUGAUCCUGAUAGUCAAGCAAAGGAGUUGUUCUUACCUUUCCGAUGCUUCUGCAACCGUAAGAAUAUUCAAGUCAAUGAAGUUGUAAUUGAAGGCAUAGACAUAGCGACCUCCAUAAGUGACUAUGUUACAGCCAAUGUCAUAGAGAUUCUGGUGGUGGGCGCUGCAUCAAGGAACGGUUUUGUUAGCAGAUUCAAGACGAUGGAUGUCCCAACCGCGGUGUCCAAAGUCAUACCUGGCUUUUGCACAGUUUAUGUGAUUGCCAAAGGCAAAGUUCAAUCGACAAAGAAUGCAUCUUCUCCAGUUCCCAGUUCACCAACUCCCGUGCAGCAGAAUCAUUCCACCUCCUCUCUAGGUGCUAAGCUUGGCUUCGCUGAUACACGUUAUGCACAAAUCAGCAGCGACACAAAAGGAAGUGUGACUGAUAUUAGGUCACCAUACGCAUCACGAAGCUCAGCUGACGAUUUAGAUAGCAUCAAGUCUCCAUUCAACAGAGGUAAAGGGAUAAACAGAUCAUAUGGAGACCUCUCAGUGGCAGAAUCUGAUUUAUCAUUUGUGAGCUCUGGUCGUCCAAGCUCUACAUUUCCAAUCUCUAUGGACAGCAGUCACGAUUUGGGUCUUCCCCCUCGGCUUUCAAACAGCUCAGACACAGAUGUUAAAUAUUCUGCUCCGCGACUUUCAAACAGCUCAGAAACAGAGAGCAGGUUAAGCUUUGGAUCAUCAUUCUCAGCAACCAGGUUAUCUGAAGCUAAUGGCUUCUCAUCAAAUUCUUUUGAUAGUGGCAAUGGAUCAUGGUCUUCACCCAGCAACAUGGAAGACAUAGAAGCAGAGAUGAGAAGACUCAAGCAGGAACUCAAGCAGACCAUGGACAUGUACAGUUCAGCAUGCAAGGAGGCACUUUCAGCAAAACAUAAGGCAAUGGAACUUCACCGCUGGAAAGUAGAAGAAGAACAAAAAUUAGAAGAGGCACGACUAGCAGAGGAAGCAGCACUGGCUGUUGCAGAGAAAGAAAAAGCAAAGUGCAGGGCAGCCCUUGAAGCAGCAGAAGAAGCACAGAGGAUCGCCGAACGAGAGGCACAGAGAAGAAUCAGUGCCGAAAGGAAGGCACUCAAAGAAUCUGAAGAGAAGAAGAAGGUACUGGAUGCCCUUGCACAGAGUGAUUGCCGGUAUCGUAAGUAUACAAUAGAGGAGAUUGAAACAGCAACAGAUAACUUUGCAGCAACUCGUAAAAUUGGAGAAGGUGGAUACGGGCCGGUAUACAAGUGUUACUUGGAUCACACGCAGGUUGCGAUUAAGGUUCUCCGUCCAGAUGCUGCUCAGGGAAGGUCACAAUUUCAGCAAGAGGUUGAAGUUCUAAGCUGCAUAAGGCAUCCAAACAUGGUUCUUCUACUUGGAGCCUGCCCUGAAUUUGGCUGCCUAGUGUAUGAGUACAUGGCCAAUGGGAGCUUAGAUGAUCGCCUCUUCCGAAGAGGAAGCACUCAAGUACUUCCUUGGCAACUAAGAUUUCGUAUAGCUGCAGAGGUCGGAACUAGCCUCCUUUUCCUUCACCAGACCAAGCCAGAACCUCUAGUGCACCGGGAUCUGAAACCUGGCAACAUUUUGCUUGACCGCAAUUAUGUAAGUAAGAUCAGCGAUGUUGGUUUAGCUAGGCUCGUCCCCCCUUCUAUAGCUGACUCCGUGACACAGUACCGAAUGACAUCAACAGCGGGAACAUUUUGUUAUAUAGAUCCUGAAUAUCAGCAAACUGGGAUGUUGGGAACAAAAUCUGAUAUAUACUCAUUUGGAAUAAUGCUUCUCCAAAUAAUUACAGCCAGACCUCCAAUGGGUUUGACCCACCAUGUUGAGAGGUCAAUUGAGAAAGGCACUUUUGCUGAUAUGCUUGAUCCAGCAGUUCCUGACUGGCCUAUGGAAGAGGCUUUGACGUUUGCCAAGUUAGCACUCAAGUGUGCAGAACUCAGGCGUAAAGAUCGACCAGAUCUUGGCACUGUAAUUUUGCCUGAACUUAACAGGUUACGUGUACUUGCUGAAGAAGCAAUGCAACCAAUGCAUUUUGGAAGCAGCCCAAGAAGCCCAACUAGUGAAAGCCGAUCUACCUCUCAAGUAAUUUCAGGAUCAGAUAGCAAUAAAAGCCGCUCAAGCAACCCCUUUUCAUCAAGCACAAAAUCAAGUGGUGAAUAAGAAUAUGCAUAUGACAGAAAAA